UUGGUCCGUGCCAUCAUUCGCUGAUCAGUCAUGAUUCGGUAUCGAGGGUGCUUGUCUGCUUUUCUUUUAAUGUUCCACGCUGCGGAGAUUGUCCUGUCGGCUCCAGUCGGGACACCGCUGGAUCUAUCAGAUCGUUAUGUGACCUUCGAUUUAGAGUUUGACAGACAGUCGGACGACCUACCACAAGAACUGGACCUUCAACUGCUGCAAGAGCUACACAGUCAGAAUGGAUUGGAUGUAGUCCGCAUGCAGUUGCUCCAGCUGAAUUUGAUGAAACUGUUGGUCGUCUUGGACGUGCUCAUACUAAUAUGUGUAUAUUUUUAUGCCACGAAAAGCAGUCAGCAUCAAAUCUCAAUUGUAAGCUAAAUAUAAAUUUAUAUAGACUCACUCGACAAAAUAGCAAUGUAAGUAAAUAAAGAAUAUUAAAGAAUAAGCAAAAA